AUGCUUUCAUCUCGUUUGAACAAUCAAUUAAAACCAUCAUUGGUUUUAGUAAUGGACGAAAAUUCAUUGAAUUCAUCAUUAGGUUUUCAAUUUGCUUGUGCUUAUGCCUGCGAAACUGUUGAUAAAAUACAUGUUAUUGAUAUGUUUGAUGAUAUUCAUUCAACGAAAACAAUAGAAGAAUGUUUGAAAAUAACCAAUGAAAAAAAUUUAAUUAUUAUUGAAUCUCUUCCUUGGUUAUUAUUACGAACAUCACAAGGAGAUUUAUCACGUUUAUUACAUAAUUGGAGCAAAUCGAAUAUUGUUAUUGCUGUGGUACCAUUAGACUGUAUCGAAGAAAAUUCAUUUCUUAAAAGUCUUGUUUCAAUUUCAUACAUAACAAUACGUAUUAAAAAUCUUCCAAAAUCGGAAACAAUCGAAGCAAGAAUUGAACAACGAUCACGGACAAAUGUUGAUACAAUUAAAUCUUGUUUAACAUUUUCAGUUGAUACACAAUUAAAUAUAACUAAUUUACAUGAAGAAAAAAUAAGUAAUCGAAAAUUAAAAUCUGCUGCUAAUAAUGAUGGAUUUUCUAAAUCCGAUGUUACGGCUAAUCUAACAUUUAACCUUCGUCUUAAAGAUGAUGAACUUGUUGCAAAAAAUAAUCUUGUUUUACCAUAUACAAAACAACAAACGCAAGUAUCAAGCGAUAGUUGUACAAUACAUUAUUCAUAUGAUAAAGAAGAUGAUAUUGAUGAAGAUGAAGAUGAUGAUUUGAAUUUGUGA